AGCUGUAUAGCCGUGGCUUUCAGAUGUUAAUGACUUUCUCUAGCCCGUCUCAUACUGCCACUGCGAGGCAGAGACUGAGUUAGUUGCGUGCCUACCGCCGAGAUGCAGUCUUUGCAUUGCAUUUUCAGUGACUCUAGUGCUAUGUUCUGAACAUUAGCUGUGCCUGUAAUCCUUAAUAUUUUUUCCUCAACGAAGUGCGAGGGCGAGCAUUGCAAAUAUCCAUCUGAGCCGAGGACAGCGCGCUCCAACACGUCACGUAUGAGAAAGUAGUGAUUGUCCGCGAGCUGCUAGCAAGUUCUUAGAACGGCGAUUCUGGACGAGACGGGACGGACGGAAGGCAGGAUGAAGGAGGAGACCCUCUAUCAGCGCAGGUUCUCCCUCUGCCCCACCGCCUCCACGCCGCACAAGAUGGACCCCCGCGUGCUGUCCCGAAACCUGUCCUACGCAGGCGACCACGACCUCUACCCACUCAGCCCAGGGGGUGAAAUGGAGAGGAACGGUCUGCCUCAGCUGCAGGAUGAAGUCAGUCCAGCUCAGUCUCCCACCAGCAAGCUGGAGUACCGAAUGUUCAAUGGCAGUGAAAAAGAGAGCUCCUCCCCCACGGAGAAGCUGGCCCGUAAGGAGUCUCUUAAGCUGCAGAAGAAGACUUACCGUCAGGAGAAGAAGAGGGCAGCUAAAGAGCUGUUUAGCGCCCUGAAGGACCCCAGCGUGAUUAUCAUGUCCAACUGGCUGAAGAUCCGAGGCUCACUGAAGGGCUGGACGAAGCUGUGGUGUGUGCUGAAGCCGGGGGUCCUCCUCAUCUACAAGACCCCCAAAGUGGACCACUGGGUCGGCACCCUGCUGCUGAACGCCUGCAAGCUCAUCGAGAGGCCGUCCAAAAAGGACGGAUUCUGCUUCAAGCUCUACCACCCGCUGGACAAGUCCAUCUGGGCCAUGAAGGGCCCUAAGGGGGAGAAUGUGGGCUCCAUCACCCAGCCUCUGCCCAGCAACUACCUGAUCUUCAGAGCUGCAUCCGAGUCUGACGGCCGCUGCUGGAUGGACGCUCUGGAGAUCGCGCUCAGCUGCUCCAGCCUGUACAGACUGACCUCCAAGGCCGGCCGCGACGGGGAGCUCAGCGGCUCCUCAGAGUCCUCCCACAUCCUCAGCCUCCUGCAGGGAGAGCACGAGCUCUUCCAGUUGAAUGAGUCCAUGUUGGAAAGCAACCACAUGGAGACUGACGGCUACUCUGACAAAUCGGAGAAGGAGGCUCACGAGGAGUCGGACAACGGGACCAAUGAGAACGGGGGGAGGCUGACUGAAGAGAGCGACAUGGACCAAUCAGAUGACCUCUCCCCCGGCCUGCAAGCCACUGCCUACGUCGAACAAAGUCUGGAGGAGAUGGGAGAGGUAGCUUUACGUACCUUAAUCUCUGUUAAAUCUAUUGGUAAAUACAUAGAAUCGGUGUUAGAUACUAUCCAGCCUGUAGCGAAUCAGAGUACUAAUUUAGUCAGCAAAAUGGCGAGCAUUGUUGGGCUGAAUGGCCUGUUUUCGCCAUUAUGUUGUGUUAUAGUAUGUUAUGUAAAUGCAUGCUAUGUACAUACAUGCACAUACGUGUACUGUAUACACACACACAGACACAAAAUUAAGGGGCGGCCGCCCUCCUGGACAAGUGUCCGCUACUAUCUCCGAGCCGCUUCCUGUCCGAGUGUAACUACUACUACUAUCACUACUAUACCACGACUUCCUGUCCGAGUGAGUAACUACUAUUACUGUCACUACUACUACCACGCUGACUUCCUGUCUGAAGCGGUGUUGGAGGAGAAUCCCUAUUUUCGGAUGAAACAGGUGUUGCGCUGGUACCUGUCCGGCUUUUACAAGAAGCCCAAGGGCCUGAAGAAGCCGUAUAACCCCAUCCUCGGGGAGACUUUUCGGUGUUGCUGGCUGCACCCCCAGACUGACAGCUGCACCUUCUACAUAGCAGAACAGGUGUCGCAUCACCCUCCGAUCUCCGCCUUUUACGUGUGUAACAGGAAGGACGGCUUCUGCAUCCACGGCAGCAUUCUGGCCAAAUCCAAGUUCUACGGGAAUUCUCUGUCCGCCAUUCUGGACGGGAAGGCAAGGCUGGUCUUCCUCUCGCGUGAUGAAGAGUAUGUCAUCACCAUGCCCUACGCUCACUGCAAAGGCAUCUUGUACGGCACGAUGAGCCUGGAGCUCGGCGGCAAGGUCACCAUCGACUGCGAAAAAACGAAGUACGUAGCGGAACUGGAGUUCAAACUGAAGCCCUUUCUGGGAAGCGCUUCCAGCGUGAAUCAGAUUUCAGGGAAGAUCCGCGUGGGAGAGGAUGUGCUGGCCACCAUGGAUGGACACUGGGACGGUGAGGUGUUCCUGCAUGAGAAGAAGACUGGCCACCAGGAGGUGCUGUGGAACCCCAGUCCCGAGGUGCGGAAGCAGAGGCUGAAGAGGCGCGUGGUGCUGCUCGACCAGCAGGGGGAGUUUGAGUCUGAGAGGCUGUGGAGUCAUGUGACCAGCGCCAUCGAGUUCAGGGACCAGGAGAAGGCCACGCAGGAGAAAUUCGUCCUGGAGGAGGCACAGAGACGGGAGGCGCGGGAGCGGGGAGACAGGCCCUGGCUGCCCCACCUCUUCACCCUGGACCCCGUGUCCAACGAGUGGCGCUACAAAUACGCAGAAACCAGGCCAUGGGAUCCUGACACCAGCCUGGCGCAGUUUGAGAAGGACGGGGUGAUCCAGACCCAGGAGCGCCGCCCACGCCACCACAACGGGCUCUCCUACAGCCAGAGCUGGGCCGCGCAGCAGAAGGCGCAGGGUAAACACAGGAAGUCCAGCAGUCAGCCGUCCAGCUGCAGCCAGAACACGGAGAGCAGCAGCACCACGCCUGAGCCCACGCACGAAUCCUCCGACAACGAAGGAUUCAUGGGUCAGUGCUCCAGAUGUAACAAAGAGGUGAAGGACAUCGCAGAGAUGGAGGCCUCCAUAGCGUCAAUAAAGAAGACACAACAGGACAUACAGAGGAACCUGUGUGCGCUCAGCCAGCAGAUGCUGCGUCGCCGGGCUGCAGAAGAGGGCGUGUCCCUGAGCAGCCGCCACUGCCUGAUCCUCUGCAUCCUGCUGCUCUUCCAGCUGUUCAUCAACUACACCUGCACAUGAGCAAUAAUGCCCCCGGCAAUAAACACCCACGCUAUAUACACUAUACACACUAUACACGCUACACACUAUACACACUAUACACUAUACACACUAUACACACUAUACACACUAUACACACACUCACACACACCCACGCUAUACACACUAUACACUAUACGCAUAAACACCCACGCUAUACACACUAUACACUAUACACAUACACACACACGCUAUACACACUAUACACAUACACACACGCGCUACACACACUCACACACUCAUAUACACAAUACACACACUACACACACACAUGCUAUACAUGCACACACCUACACACAUACACUAUACGCACACUCACACACUCAUAUACACUAUACACUAUACACAUACAGACACACACUCACACACUCAUAUACACUAUACACUACACACACAUGCAUGCUAUACAUGCACACACCUACACACACACUAUACGCACACUCACACACUCAUAUACACUAUACACACUAUACACUAUACACACACACACUCACACACUCAUAUACACUAUACACUACACACACACGCAUGCUAUACAUGCACACACCUACACUAUACGCACACUCACACACUCAUAUACACUAUACACACACACAUUAUACACAUGCACACACGCUCUACACUAUACACACACUAUACACACACUAUACAGUAAAUACACAUGCACACAUUAUACACACAUGCUCCCACAUGCUAUAUGCACACACACUAUAUACACACACACACACACACACACACUAUACACAUACACACAUACGCACUCACUCACACACACACACACACACUUACACACUUACACACUCUGACAUUACGCCUGUAGAGCAGCCAGACACCUGGGCACCAAGCACUUUGGAGGGAGAGGACAGAAGAUGGAGGAAUUUCAACACUUUGAUCAACACUUUUGAUCUUCAAAGCCGGAAGCAGAGGGAUCUCUAUGGUCUGUCACUGUCGUUAGUGGAUGUGCACUUUUAUAAUCCUCGCAAUACUGUGUGUUUGUUUUUUAUUUGUCUUAGGGCCCUCCUGGUGGCCACAGAUAUUUAGUUUCUCUCUUUCUGUCACAUCCAACUUUAUACUUUGGGCCUUAACGCUAAAGCCAAAAAAAAAAGAAAAAAAGAAAUUCAAAUAAAUAAGACAAAAGAAAUCUAGAAUAAUAGGAAAAAAGGAAGAAUGAAGAACUACAGAAACUACAAUAGUGCAAUUGUGUGUAUUUUAUAUAAAAACAAAAGUAGGUCUUGUCUUUUGUUAUGACUUACCAAACAGUAUUUAUUAUCCUUAAAGGACAGAGUACAUGUUUACAAGUCUGAAUGGUUCUGCGGUACGACAAGAGCUCCUUGGACCGUGGGAAUGAAUGGAUAAAGAGGCGGUUGCUGAGGCAACCUGUUGCCGUUCCUUUGUGAUGAAAGCGUGAUGUCAUAAUGAACAAUCGUUGUUAAGGAGCUUCAGGGGAGCGAUGGAAUGUGACCGUGUCCCCUCAGUGUCUUAGAAGCGAGUUCACAGGGAAACACGUGAAGAGGAUGUCGGGGUCUCCCUGGCAAUCCUGCAGGGGGUGACUGGGAGAGGGGGCGGGCUAGGGUAAGGGGGCGGGGUCAGAGACAGCGAAUGAUCAAAGAGCACACGGCUAACGCCUGCCAGAGUCUGUCAGCUCGAACCAAGACUCUUCACGUUUUUUAAACCUGCUUGGGGAGUAAACUGGGCGAAUGUUCGCCAUGAAGCCGGUUAUUUCAUCACAGUCCUCCCUGCGGUUGCAGAUUGCUGGUCUCUCCAAGCCGGCACAAAGGUCCAGAUCACACCUGCCCUCCGUAUCGAAGGACCCUCGACUCAUGGAUGAAAUGUUGAGACAUUUAAGUACCCAAUCAUUUUGGAUUCACAUGAAAAUUGUUUGUUUGUUUGUCACUAUCCUUCAACUUUGAGUUUUUUUUUAAAUGUAUUUAUUUAAUGAUGAAUGUCAUUUUUUAAAAUAAUAAUUACAUGAACUGGUUUGGAAAGUGUGGUAUGAGAAUGAAUUUUAGCCAGGGUUUGCAAAUGGGGGGGAAUGUUUUCAUGUCUGAAGUUGUGUUUUGUGAUGAGAGGUAGCGGAAUGUUCAGGAGUCAAGCACAACGGUGGAAUGGUCAAAUAGGAGAAAGCCAAGCUGUCUGUUCCUGGUUGGAGAGGCUGCUCGAGCCCUUGGCCGUGAAUGGUCCCAAGGGUUUUGGAGGGGGAGGGGGAGGGGGGGUAGGGGGGUGAUUUACAACCUGGUCACAAGUUGUCUAAAGAGAGGAGGCAGAAAAAAGAAACCAUAUUAUGUUUCAAGUUUUUCUGUACUCUGUUGUACAGCACUAAAAUAAAACAUUUUACAUAUUAA